AGUGCGCCACUAGCAGAGCACCUUGAGCAUGAUGCGCUUGUUGCAAACCGGAGCGACUUUGCUGGUCGGUGCGGGUUUUGGAGCUUCAGUGAGCCGCCUACUGGGCGUCAGAGGCCGGAAAGAGGAGGAAGAGGAACCCGGUACUCCCCUGGGUCUACUGAGCAAAGUCCCGGUGCUCCCGGUACCGAGAGUCCAGGCCUCCGAGCUGACGGUGAGUCCAGGUGGGUCAGGAGCAGUGAUGAAGUAUGGAUUUCCCUCAUUGGCCAAUAUCAAAACCAGAGAGUCCUAUGUCUCCUCGUACGACUCCCGCACACGCACUGCAUCCUGGGUAAUAGAAAGGCUUACCCCAGCCUCCCUCAACGGACCGUCAGACAGGAAGUACUGCAACUUCAAAGAGGACGAAAGCAUCCACAUCUUUCACAGGGCGACCAACGCAGACUUCAAAGGGAGUGGCUUUGACAGAGGUCACAUGGCAGCUGCAGCCAAUCACAAGUGGAGUCAGAAAGCAAUGGAAGACACCUUCUACCUGAGCAACGUGGCCCCACAGAACCCUCAUAUGAAUCAGAACGCCUGGAACAAUCUGGAGAAACUGUGUCGCUCUCUAACCAGACAUUACCUCAACGUCUACGUCUGCACGGGGCCACUCUACCUGCCCAGUCAACAGGCUGAUGGGAAACUCUACGUCAAGUAUCAAGUGUUAGGACGAAAUCAUGUUGCCGUGCCAACGCACUUCUUCAAGGUGCUAAUCCUGGAGAAGGCAGAUGGAAAGGGGGUGGAGCUUCGGUCAUAUGUUUUACCUAAUGAGCCAAUAGAGGAGAAGAUUCCUCUGGAGCGGUUCCUGGUUCCCAUAGAAACCAUUGAGAGAGCUUCAGGACUUCACUUUGUUCCGAACAUCAUGAAGAGGACCAGCAGCCUGCAAGCCAUCACUGCCAGAUGAACGCCAUUACCCACAAUGCACUUAUUUAUCUCUUUCCACCGAUCUCAUGCUUACUGCUGCUGGAGAACCAAGUGAUCAUGUGACUGAGAACUGUCUAGUGAUGAACAUGAUAUGUUUUAGGACCUUAAUUUAAACAACAUGGUACAAUUUUGAUCUCAUUCUUAAAUCCUGCACACUAUUUGUCUACUAAUAACGAUUUAAGUAUUUGAAAAUAAUACAUGUGAUAAUCCUUUCAGAUGUACAGUGUUUAUUUUUAGGAAAUAUUUCAUUAAACAAAGACAUAAAACAUCA